UAUUAUGGCGUCCGUUCUUCCUUAUCUCCUCCCCAGUUCCUCUCUUGGAGCUCGCGCCCUUCAUCACGAGCCCUUGCCCACUACUCUAUCAAGUAUCAAUCCAGUCUCUCAGACUAGAAUAGAAAAACCCAAAAACAAAACCCCAAAAAAAAUCAAAAUCAAAAUCAAGAAAAGUGUUGCGAAAAACCACGCAGUUUUGCACUGGUGGUUCAGAAAUCCGAUUCCAAAUUUCAUGUUUCUAGGAGAGCGAAUCCAUUCAACACCCCCACCUCAAAAAAGAAAUGAAGCGAGAUCGUGAAAGGGGCCAGAGUUCUUCCUCUCCUUCAAUGGCUUCGGCCAAGGGCAAGAAGAUGUGGGAGGAGGACAACGGCGGCGGCAUGGACGAGCUCUUAGCGGUGUUGGGUUACAAGGUAAAGGCGGAGGACAUGGCCGACGUGGCCCAGAAGCUGGAGCAGCUCGAGAUGGUCAUGGACCAAGAAGACGGGAUUUCCCUCUUAUCCGAUUCAGUUCACUUCAACCCGUCCGAUCUUUCCGGGUGGGUCCAGAGCAUGCUCUCCGAGCUCAACGCCGGUCAAACCCAGCAGUCGUCCACCGUCGUUGACGACUCCUCCCUGUUAAUCUCCGCAGGCGGUAAUAACUCAUCCUCCUCCCCUUGUUUUCCCCAACCUCGGAUUUUCGAAGAUAACUCCGAGUACGACUUGAGCGCCAUUCCCGGUGGUGCCAUCUGUAAACAGAAACAAUCGCCGGUGUUAUUACAAAACCAGAACAAUAAACGGAUUAAAACCAACAGAUCUGACGACCCUGUGUUACUACCCCCCGAGAUUUGUCCCAGUUCGACGGCGGCUCGACCGGUGGUCCUUGUCGACUCGCAGGAAACCGGAGUCCGACUCGUCCACACCUUAAUCGCCUGCGCGGAGGCGGUUCAGCAGGAGAACCUCAAGCUCGCUGAUGCUCUAGUGAAGCACAUCCGGUUACUCGCGGUGGCUCAGGCCGGGGCCAUGAGGAAAGUCGCGACCUACUUCGCCGAAGCCCUAGCCCGUCGGAUUUACAACUUUCACCCUCAGGAUCUGAAUUACACCGACCUCCUCCAGAUGCACUUCUACGAGACCUGCCCGUACUUGAAAUUCGCUCACUUCACGGCCAAUCAAGCGAUACUUGAAGCCUUCGAAGGAGAAACUAGAGUCCACGUCGUCGAUUUCGGUUUGAAGCAGGGGAUGCAGUGGCCGGCGUUGAUGCAAGCCCUGGCAUUACGCCCCGGUGGCCCCCCGAAGUUCCGGCUCACAGGUAUCGGCCCGCCGCAGGCGGACAACACCGAUGCGUUGCAGGAGGUGGGGUGGAAGCUGGCGCAAUUAGCCGAAACUAUUGGGGUUGAAUUUGAGUUUAGAGGAUUCGUAGUGAACAGUUUGGCCGAUUUGAACGCUGAGAUUUUGGACAUACGGCCGAGGGAGGUGGAGAAAGUGGCUGUGAACUCCGUUUUCGAGCUCCAUCAGUUGCUGGCCCGGCCCGGUUCGAUCGACAAGGUUUUGGAUUCGAUUAAGAGGAUGAGGCCGAAGAUCGUUACGGUGGUCGAGCAAGAAGCGAAUCACAACGGGAGUGUUUUUGUUGACAGGUUCAACGAGGCGUUGCAUUACUACUCGACGAUGUUCGACUCGCUGGAGGGGUCCGGGUUGGCUCAGGCGAACAGCCAGGACGUGGUGAUGUCGGAGGUGUACCUGGGGCGGCAAAUUUGCAACGUGGUGGCGUGCGAGGGGGCGGACCGGGUGGAGCGGCACGAGACGCUGAGCCAGUGGCGGGCCAGGAUGGGCGCGGCCGGGUUCGAGUCGGCCCACCUGGGUUCGAACGCGUUCAAGCAGGCGAGCAUGUUGCUGGCGCUGUUUGGCGGCGGGGACGGGUACAGGGUGGAGGAGAAAGACGGGUGUUUGAUGCUGGGUUGGCACACGAGGCCGCUCAUCGCCACCUCGGCCUGGCAACUCGCUGCCGGCGAGUCUUGAACGUGUUGACUCGGGGUGGUUCUGCUUUUCUGGUCAACGGGUUAAGUCCAACCCGGCUACUUGAGUACUGAACCGUCAGCGCUUGGAAUGGGUUGAUGAGCUGGAUAUGAGAGAGAGAGAGAGAGAGAGAGAGAGAGAGAGUGGGGGGGAAAUUGGCGCGGUAAAAUUUCAUCCUUCAAGUUUUUUUUUUCCUUUUUACCUCACAGUGACUCUUCUCUUCCAUUAUUGUUGUUGCGUUUUGGUUUUUUUGCUGCCGUGGUUAUGUACUGUUUUUAGGGUCUUUCUUUGUUUCCUAUUUCAAGAGAAGACGAAGACCUGUGCAAUGUGUAUUUACCUGACCUUUCAAUAAGACUUGUGCCUGGUUUUUUGAUCA